AUGGCCACCCCAUACUCACCAAUAAUAGAGCAUGAGGACGAAGGCUACGAAUAUGAUUACGAAGAAGAAGCAUCUUCAUCAAGUGGGUGCAAUUGCUUUCGAGUCUUCUGCUUCAGGAAAUUCAAGAAGGUGAAGGAGGUUUCAGAGGUAGUAGCAGGCCCAAAGUGGAAGACUUUCAUUAGAAAAAUUAGCCUGUAUUUCAACAAACAGAAGAAUAAUCAUCAUCAUAAUAAUAAUAGUCAGUUUCAAUAUGACCCGCAAAGCUAUGCUCUUAACUUCGAUGAUGGUGGUGCAGAUAGAAGAGAAGAAGAUGGUUUGCUUCUUCCUGCUUUCUCUUCUAGGUUUACUACUGUAAAUGAAAAACGUCAAAAUGGGCUGUGA